UGAACCCAAAAAAAUCAUAAAUAAAAAAGCAAAACGUGCGUUUUGAAGACGGUGUUGGUGGCUUCACUGGCUUGGUGCUCCAUCUAUAGAGAGCUUCACAGGGUAUUGUGCGCUUCAAGCCUUGGAAAGCCAGCCUUUCACUGCGAAUUCAAUCAUAAGAAUCUGGGGAAGUGAGUCGAUGGCAGGCAAAGCAGCAAAAUCUGUGGCAAAGGCAAUUGGGGACUACCAGUACCCAUGGCGAGAAAAGUUAGUGAAAUACAAGGAUGAGCUAUCCAAGGGUGUGUGGGGUUACUGGGAACUAGGGGCCUGGAAGCCCCUUGGCAUUAGUGCUCGUCAAAGAGCAAGACUCCGCAAGGAAGUCCUCCUUGCAGGGGAAGAUUGGCCGUAUGAUCCGGAGAGGAAAGAGAUGAGAACCAAGAGGAAAGGGCACAAAUGUGACAGGAUCGCUGCAGAAAAACGAGAAAACACUGCCAGGCUGAUGCAGGAGAUGCCAAAAAUGUUGCUGGAUCACAAGAAGCGGAAGUGGGAGAAGAAGAUGAAGGAAGAAGACAAGAACAAGUGAAUGGUUCCCUCUUGAUCUUUCCUUUUCUUGUGACAUGUUGCUUUGUGGUAAGGUCUUUCUUAUUGCAGCUUAAUGGACUCGGGCUUAAUUUGCAUAAACUCUAGGUUGUUUUGAUGUAUGUUCUUGGAAAGAAUUUCCCAGAUAAAUUUCUUAUGCAUUAGAGUGCACAUUAACUUUGCUCCAUUCAUUUGAUCAACUACUUCAAUUUGUUAUUCGUCAAGAAAUUUGAAAUUUCACAAGCUACCUUUUUUUCC